AUGAAUUAUUUUCCCAAUGUCACUCAGUUUAACAUCACAUGUGACUCAGACACAUCUCCUCGUGCAAUUUCAACACUGCUCAAUCGUAUUAUUUCAUUAGAAAAACUUACCGAAUUAGUAUUUACUGAUUUUAUCGAUUUUCCGUUUGAAGAACUGACUCAACUACUGUAUCAUACAGUGAACUUGCAUACAUUGAAAUACGAACUUUUAUGUUUGAAAGAAGCUAAUUUAGAAUCGAUUCAGAGAAGUGAUAUUUUUCAACGGGCAUCAAAGAAAAAUCAAAUCCUUGGAACUCAAUCAAAUUUCGAUCUACAAAGAAAUCGAAAUAUUUGUGAAACUAUUCCUUCGAUUACAAUGCUCGAAAACGAAAAUAUUUAA